AUGCAGACUCCAAGUGCGACUCCGAAUCCUAAAGCUACGACCAAACGGAAUGCGGAUGUGAUUGACCUGGAAGUCAUCGAAGAAAGGCUGGUCAAGAAGCCAUUCAAACCAAUCGUCAAGAGCCCAGCCCAAAAGGAAGAAGACUCCCUUUAUCGCGUCUCGGUCACAGUACACCCUGACCUCGACAACUUUCCCGACGCCUUGCGUCAUGCCCUUCAAGAAGCUUGUCAAACCGCGUUUUACACCCACAUGUUCGCGCUCCAAGCUGGCAAAUUAGCCAAGCAUCACCAGAUGUACAACAUCGUAGCGGGAACACGCGUUCGGUCAGAGUCGAUCACCUUCGAAAACACAACCGUAUAUUCGAAUAUCCUGGAUCUUAGCGUGGCCAACAUCACCCUGUUGAAAUUCUUUGCAGCCCGUCCAAACGCCAGGCUCGAGAAGAAGUCAUUUCAAGAGCAAAGGCAUGAAGGACUCACCAAUCCGGAGUUUCUGGAAUUAUACAGCGUGAGGAGGGGCGAUUUGGGUUGGGGCUUGGAUGCGGAAGGCGGUUUAUCUAUCUAUGGAUCUUCGCUUGUCAGGAAGAAGACAAAGGAAUACGUCUGGUACGUCAGGAGUGCUGGUAUCAAGCUCGAGGAUGAGAGUUAA